ACAUAUGUAUUAAACACAAUGGUUUUGACCUUUUCUUUACACCCACAGAAUGGAUCUUGUAAAACAUACAGGUGGCUGCCACUGCGGAGCUGUUCGAUUUGAAGUCUGGAAUUCUCCAGACCUCCAUGUUUUCGAUUGCAAUUGUAGCAUUUGCACAAAGAAACAAAACCAUCAUUUCAUUGUUGCAGAAAAUCAAUUCAAACUCCUACAGGGGUUGGAUUGUCUGACGACAUACACAUUUGGCACUCAUAUUGGCCAACACACCUUCUGUAAAAUCUGUGGAGUUCAAAGUUUCUUCGUACCUCGCUCCAACCCAGAUGGAUAUGGCAUUGCUCCACACUGUCUGGAUCCAGGUACAGUGCAAAGUUCCACAGUGGAGAAAUUUUGUGGGGAGAAGUGGGAGGAAAGCAUGGAAGCUCACAAGAGCAUCAGGGACAUGUCUAGACCUGCACCGGACAUAGUGGAUGGAAAGAAAAUAACAGGAUAAGAUACAAAAAUCAAAUGUUUUUAAUCAGUAGUACACAAGAUACUGUACAGUAUUUUGGACCCUGUUUCGCAGCAUAGUGUUUAUAUACAGUGUAAUGACUGAAAAACCUUUCUAUAGCAACAACGCAACAGACAUUUCUAUUGUUGCCAUUUAAAAAACGUCUGUCACCUUCUUUUGUGGACGCCUUGUGAAAAUGUUUGGGCUACUUUAGCCAUAAACAAUACAUCUUUAUUCACUGUAAGCCAAACAGCUCAUCAGAUGUGUAAACAAGCUAGUAAAUUCACGGCUAGUGUAACAAUCAGGAUAGAACAAACUUUCAAUAGAUCUUCAGGUUCUUUGGUCCUUGUGGGAUCAUCUGGAAUGUGUUUAUGAACAUGUAGCGCGAGAAGGCAACGUAGAGAUGCCGAAACCACAGGAGUUGAGUGCGAUGACAGAUCAUUGCAGCCUGACAAGAAAAAGAGAGAUUAUAAUUUUCUGUUCUAGAUGAUGGUGACAUUUAAAACAUGCAUUGAACACUGGAAACAGUUUUUAAUGUCACUUUAUUUUACCUGAAGCUUAUCGUGUUUUAGCUGAUUCAUAUGUUUUGAUUGAUACAGUUUAAAUCUACUCUAAAGGUAUUCAUUUCUUUAUGUACUAUAAGCUUAA